UAUACAACCUUCGUCCGUUGAACGUUGAACCAAUACAGAAUUGGUCUGUUGACUUAAUACAACAACCUCGUAUUCAUAUUCAAAGAAAGUUUAUUGUACCCGGGAUCGUACAUACACGGUAUGUAAAUGGUGUGAAGGAAAGGGCUUUAUAUAGUACUUUCUUUGGAGCCGUGAUUGACUGAGUGUUCGGAAGAUGACAAAACGAGUUCACUAACUCAGGAUUGUUCAUCAUACGUCAGAGAGCUAGGAGGGAAGAGAGCGGGAUUAUUCGGUGAUGUCAUCCCUGGCAUCUUCCUCUGUAGAUCUCCCCCAACGUCAUUCGACCUCUCGUGCACACUCAUCCACAUCAUCAUUAGAUGCUCGUAUUCGUCCCUCAGUGACUUGAACCACCCAGUUUGAGCGGAUCCUAGCUGGCGAGGAAACCCGUAACCUCCUCGUAGGAAAUCAGGAGCAACCCGAUCCAGGUUGGCCAAUCUGUUUCGUUUGUCAUGCAUCUGUAUCAUCGAGAAGAUAAAAUGGAUAGUAUUUUGAGCUGAACCCCAUUUUUCUCGAAACUAGGAAUCUGACAUGUAGCUCAUCACAACCAGAGGGAAGAAUAAAGCCGGUCAAUACGUGAGCAGAAAUUUUAGACAUUGGACAGAGAUAGGUGUUGUAUAUAGAGAAGCAUCUAUAUCCGAUACGCCAUUUCGGUUCCGGGUUUUGAGAAGCGUCUAUGUAAAAUAUCCGAUUCCGAUACGGUUCUGGAUGUCGAUUGGCAGAUCGUUGGGCUAGUACCUGAGUGACACUCAUCGAAACGAAUGUGAAAGACACAGAAAACAUACAGUUUCAAAGUGCAGUACUAUAUAAGGGAAAAUGUCUGACGCGUCAGCCGAUCGUGACGGUGAUCUAAGCAGGAGAGCGAUGAAUAUCCUCGAGUUCAUUGGUGAACUUGUGAUCCUUCAUCUCCACAUUCUCUUGGUUACCAUAGAGGCCUUCCUAAUAUGGAUGAUACCAAGUUUCCUGAGGUCGAAAUCUCUGGAGGGUGAGACGAUGCUCAUUACGGGGGCUGGCAGCGGCAUGGGCAGGCUCUUCGCGCUCAAGUUUUCUGCAUUAGGAGUACGAGUGGUAUUGUGGGAUAUCAACGCCUCUGCCGUUGAAGAAACGGCAAAGAUGGUACGCGUGAACGGCGGAAAGGCCUGGUGGUAUACCUGUGACGUCACCAAGAUGGAGAAGGUCAACGAGGCUGCACAGAGGGUGAGGGAAGAGGUCGGGGACGUGACCAUGCUGGUUAACAACGCAGGCAUUGUGACCGGGAAGUACUUCCAGGAUUUGAAAGAAGAGGAUUACCAGAGGACAAUGAAUGUUAAUUCAUUGGCUCAUGCGUGGACCCUGAAGGCGUUCCUUCCUCACAUGUUGGAGAGAAAUCACGGUCAUAUCGUCACUAUAGCUAGUAUCAUGGGUGAGCUUGUAGUACCAGGAUUGAGCGAUUACUGUAUGAGUAAAUUCGCUGCUGUCGCACUCCACGAAAGUUUGCUACGCGAGGUCCGGGCUCAGCGGAAAGAUGGGAUCCAUUUUACACUGGUCAAUCCUUACAAGAUCGACACCGGAAUGUUUGACGGAGCGAGGAUCAAAAAGUCAGCAGAGUUGUUGUUCCCUACCCUUAAACCCGAGUACGUAGCUGACAAGGUUGUAGAAGCUGUACAAACUAACACAGACGUGGUCAGGACACCUUUCAUCUUCAAUAUUGUUGUCAUUAUCUCAAAAAUACUACCUCUGAAGGCCAUACUUCUCCUUGAAGACUUCGCUGGAAACGAGAAGGCAAUGAAAACCUUUGUUGGACGUAGAGGGCAGACUGUCGAUGAGCAAGCAGUGACAAAGAUUGAGUGAUUCUUCUUCUCUCGUCACACAUGUCACAUAAUUAUGACUCGACGAAUCAAGCAGAUAAAAGUCGUAUUGAUUUUUUAAAAUGUAAUCGCCGAUGUUCGAGAGGGAGUAUUAAACUCAUCGUAUUUCGAAAUUCAAUUUAACUCAGGCCUUGGUUUUUCGAAUCCUCCAUGCUGUAAUGGCGAUAUUCUCAGAGAGUAACUUGUGCAUAAGUGUUAAAUUAGCAGAUGAUGAAAUUUACUUAUACUGUUAAGGAUGUGUGUUACCAUUUAACCAUUUGCUAUCCAUUGUUAAUCCAGGUUUACACCAGAUCUCAAAAUUGUAUUGCAUCUAUCAUACCUCGGUUACAUUUACUCUACGGCGGCCGUAUACAGCGAUUCGAAAACAGCCGUUUUAACAUUUUUGUUUGUACCAUAAAAUAAAAAUAAUUAAAACGACUGUUUUCGACUCGCCGUAAGGCCGCUGAAGAAUACAUGUGACCUAGGUAUAAUAUAUUUGUAGUCCAAUUUAAACAGAAAUAACAUUUGUUUAUCAAAGGUGAAGCACCAGUUGUAUUUUCAUAGUAAAUUUUCUUUUAAUGCUGAGCGAUAAAAAUCACACGUUUUGAAUAUUUGAACAAGAUUGAUAGUGGAGGUUCCGAUUAUACUGACUAAGCAUUUUCACGUGUACGCACUGAUGUUUCCAGCAAAGUGACGUGUCAACAAACUCGUUCACUGCCCUUAAUUUUAAGACGCUGUUUGUUGCAAAUAUAUCUGUCUUCUUCAUGUCAGUGAUUGUGGGAAUAUGUAAAUGACACAGUCGAAUAUUGUGUGCAUAUUUUUAAAUCUUAAAUUAUUGUAUUUAAUUAAUGUAUAUAGCCCUUUUUCUUAAUUGUGCGUAGUUUGCACUCACAUGACUGGUGAAUUAUUUGUAGAUAUGGAAUUCAAUUAGUAAAUGUACUUAAAUAUUGCUGCAUUAUAUUAUGUAUGCUGCUAGUUCCCAUGACUCAUUUUCAAUCAAUUUAUUUCAGAAAUGUGCCAUUGUAUAGCAAAUG